AUGCCAAAAUAUAUGAGCCGUGCCGAGGCGGGGCUCUCACGAUGUGUACAUCUUCCCACCGAAGUCUUGAUUCAAAUUGCCAGUGCGAUUCUUGACGAGUGGCCCGAGGAUGAUACUCCAGUGUAUCAAUCCACACUUCACAGCUUCUGCCUGGUUUCCCGCCAGUGGUACUCUGCUGGUAUCGGGUUUCUGUAUUCUCGCCCGCAGCUGGCUAGAGGAAACAGUUUCACGCUGUUCGCGAACACUGUGUGCCCGCCAGUUCGCGCGAAGGAAAGAAAAGUGGACUUAGGAUCUCUGGUCCAGGACCUCGAUCUUUCAGGACUGGUUCACCACAGUUCCAACAGUAUCACGGCAAGGCUGCUGGGCCGCGUGAAGAAAAAUCUUCGGUCAUUCAUUGCACCGAGGAUUUCAUUUGCAUUCAACAGCCUUGCGCCUAUAUCUAAAUGCAAAGAAUUGACCUAUCUCUCUCUCGGCCUAGUAGCUGAGCCGCUUGCGCUGUCGGAUCUAAGAAAGGCCGUCGUGCAUCUCAACCGGCUAGAGUCAUUACAGCUGCCACCCUCGAUGGUAAUCACUGAUGACGGUUCGGAUGUAAAAUGGCCUCCGCACUUAAAGCAGCUUGCUAUGGGUGGGUGCUUUGACUUGGAAGCGGUCCCAACCUUCACUUGGCCCCCGGCCCUGGAAAGCUUGACCUUGCUCGAUUGUGAAUACUUAGCAGCGGUUCUGGAUGUAGCUUCCAUGAACCAGCAACUCUGCGCCUCGCUAAAAGAAUUGACUAUCCCUUCUUACCACUGUGACGCUCUUGUGGAAGAGCCGCCCGUGGGGUUGAGUCAAUUCGUGGCAUUGCGAUGUCUCCGAAUACCUAUUGAUGGAAUGUUCGGAACUGACAUAGCCCCCGUCUUUGAUGUUUACAAUUUACCUCGGUCCAUGCGUGAACUCAUUCUUACCACGGCGAUUGACGAGGCGUUUUCAAGGGUUGAUACUGAUGAAAUCUGCAAGGCUUUGAGGGGUGCCCUCUCUCAGGUCUGUGGGUUUGGCAUGAGCCCCAGCUGCUCCAAGCUGAUCCCCCGUGCUACACGUGCCAGCAUCGACAAGUUGGUUUGGGCGAAUAUCGAUGAUUGUCCCGAGGACGAAUUGGAUGAUCUUUAUGAUCUGGGUCUCUAUGUCACUGACUCAUAA